CGUCCCGGCAUGCUGCGCGGCGCCACCGGCGGGGCGGGGCGGGCGGCGGGCGGCGGCCGGGCCGCGAUGGAGUCGGUGGUGUUCAUCUUCUCCCUCAUCGACUGCUGCGCGCUCAUCUUCCUCGCCGUCUACUUCAUAAUUACACUAUCAGAUUUGGAAUGUGACUACAUUAACGCGAGAUCUUGCUGCUCAAAACUCAAUAAAUGGGUCAUCCCUGAGGUGAUUGGCCAUGCUGUUGUGACUGUAUUAAUGCUUAUUUCAUUGCACUGGUUCAUCUUUCUCCUUAAUUUGCCAAUAGCAACAUGGAAUAUAUAUCGGUUCAUUAUGGUGCCAAGUGGAAACAUGGGGGUAUUUGAUCCCACAGAGAUCCAUAACCGAGGACAACUGAAAUCGCACAUGAAGGAAGCCAUGAUUAAACUAGGCUUUCAUCUGCUCUGUUUCUUCAUGUACCUGUACAGUAUGAUUCUGGCUCUGAUAAACGAUUGAGAAGUUGAAAAAGAACCAUUAGCUGCCAAAUUGGGUCAUCGCUCCAGUGACUGGUUGCGGAGCCACAGACACCUGAAUAUACCUAGACCAGUGUCGUCAUGCAGUAUAUUUUUCCUUUUUGAACAAGAAAUAUUUUUCUGUAUUUUUAACAUAAAGUAUUUUCAAAAGACAUCAGAGUUGUGUAGCAGUUGUUUUUGUUCCUUCUUAAAACCCAAAUGGCUGUAGCUGCUGCUUUUGUAAAGUGAAAUCCUUGCUUACAGAACCGAUCUUAUGGGAAUGAAAAGAUGAGAGGGAAACUCAUUUCAACAACUUAGGCUGACAAUAGUACUAGUUCUAGAACAAAUUUAAGAGCAGUUUUAAUGCCUGUUUCUUACCAAAAGUGUCAGGAUAUGCCUCUGGCAGUCAAGCUGUCCAAUUAGCCUGGUUUGAAGCUGUCCUUGGAACAUAGAUUUCAAAGUGGAACACUAGCACAGCUUGCAUCUUUGUGUUGUUUUGUUCUCAGCUAAAAAGCAAUGGAAUAAAAGUUGUGCUUUUUCUCAUUUUCCAUUCUCUCUCUCCCCCCUACCCCAACCUGUAUAACGUCUAGUGUUUGGUAGGAUUAAGGUCACUGUGACACUUGUAAGAGCAGAAAAACAUGUUGCUGCAGAUAAAUGUAAUACUUGU